ACUACACUCAGGGAGAUGGCAAAUAAAAGCUGUAGUCUCCAUCAGCUUCUGGCACUGAGAGGUGGCUAUGAAACAUGACUGAUUCCAAGGAAACAGGGAAGAAGAAGCUUGGCCCGCUGGGGUGGCUGGGCCACAGCCAUGUGCCCUUGGCAGUGCAGGUGUUCUUCUUCAUUGUCUUCUCUGUGCUGUUGGUGGUCGUCCUUGUCAAAGUCUGCGAGAUCCCCAGUCCACAUGAACAAGAGCAGUCCAGUCAGACAAAUAUCUACCAGGAACUUACCCAGUUGAAGGCUGGGGUAGAUCGCCUGUGCCGUCCCUGCCCCUGGGACUGGACACUCUUCCAAAGAAACUGCUACUUUUUCUCCGUGGCCCAACGGACCUGGAAUGAUUCUGCCACUGCCUGCCAGAAUAUGGGGGCUCAGCUGGUGGUCAUCAAGAGUGAUGAAGAGCAGAACUUUCUACAAAAGGCUUCUAAGAUGAGAGGCAGCACAUGGAUGGGGCUCAUUGACAUCAACAAGGAAUCCACAUGGCACUGGGUAGAUGGCUCACCUCUGACACUCAGUUUCAUGAAGUAUUGGAAUAAAGGGGAGCCCAACAACCUGGGAGAGGAAGACUGUGCAGAGUUCAAAGAAGAAGGCUGGAAUGAUGCCAAGUGUAACAACAAGAAAUUCUGGAUCUGUAAAAGACCUGAAACUUCCUGCCCUAGUGAGUGA